AAUGUCCCUACACCACCCACACAAACUCCUAUAGGCUAUAACCCAAUCAUCAACGACCCCAAAGCUGAACUCUUCCUACUCACUAGCAUCCCUACCUUUUACAUGAGAAACCAUUAGCCAUUCAUCUUCUUCCUCAGAACUAUGGCAGUCUCAUCACUCUCAUUGAGUUGGGUAUCCUCCACCAAUUAUAACAAGCUUAAUUUGCCUCAUUACAAUGAGUUCCCACGUGCUACUACUGCUUCUCUUUUUUUGUGUAACAACAUCACAUGCUCAGCUGAUUCUGCUUCUAAUGAAGAGGGCCAUUGCAGAAGAAGGCAGCUAAUAUUAGGAGUUGGAGCAUUAACUACGAGUCUUCUUAAUGCAAGUUCGCUUUUUGCUGAAGAGAUACCACAAAACUACAAAGCUUUUGUUGACUUUUCAGAUGGGUAUUCUUAUUAUUACCCCUCGGAUUGGAGGGAUUUCGACUUUAGGGCACAUGACUCUGCUUUUAAGGACAGAUUUCUGCAGCUGCAAAAUGUUAGGGUAAGAUUUCUACCAACAGAAAAGGAAGACAUCCAUGAUCUUGGUCCACUGGAAGAGGUUGUUUCAAAUGUGGUUAGGAAGAAAUAUGCUGCACCCAAUCAAAUAGCUGAAAUAUUUGACAUGCAGGAGAGAAGUAUAGAUGGGAAGAAUUAUUACACCUUUGAGUAUCAGCUUACUUCACCAAACUUCUCUACCAUUUCGUUUUCAACCAUUGCGAUUGGAAACGUGGCCAGUUUGCAUCUAAGAUGGUGAACUCCAGAAGUCCAUUGCAUCAACUGAAUAUGGUGUUGAAAAUCCAUUGCAUUUCAACCACUGCCAGUGCCAGUAAGACGUACAAAAAUCCUAUAUUCGCCAAACGGUGCAUGGCUUUAUAAGGAAUAAUGGAGAGAAAAUAACGAGUCAUUUUUAUGUUUUAUUUAAUAUAUACUUGCUCAACAAGCAAGAGUUAAAAAAUGAAUGACAUUAUCAAUGGAAUAGUGGCUUUUUUACUAGGCUGUCCUAAUAUGUUAAGUUGCAUGUAACUAUC